AUGCUUCACGCUCUGAUUGCCCUUUUCUCCCUGACCUCUGCAGUCUGGACCGCGUACACGCCUACUCCUAUCUCAUCCACCUCAGACGGCCGUCAGGCCAGCUUCAAAGUCAUUUAUGAGUCUCCUACCUCUGUGUGUUACGCCGAGAAUCGGGCAUACCUCUGCACCCCUCCACUUACUAACAUCGCUGAAGGCGUUCCAGUUGUCGCCACGUCCACCUGCGGCCAGGAUGGACGCCCUGAGAAGAUAUGUAGAAGUUGGACCCCCUUAAGUAGUCAGCAGCGACGUACCACCUGCGAGAUCUGUGAUCCGAGGAAAACAGCAACUAGCCGGGGAGCUGAACGCCUUACAGAUCGUCACAUUUCCUCCAACCAGACCUGUUGGGUGUCUGGACGUGUUCCCCCAGGGGGAACUGUAAAUUUGACCCUGUCUUUGGGCAAGCGUUUUGAAAUUUUCUACAUCUCCCUUCAACCCUGCAGUCCCCUACCCGACUCCAUUGCCCUCUAUAAGUCCUCCGAUUUCGGUCGAACCUGGAAACCUUGGCAGUACUUCUCGACCGAUUGUUACCGUGCUUUCGGUUUACCAACUUCCAACGAGUAUAGUGCACAAAUUUCAUCAGCAAACAUCCAAGAGGUCCUCUGUGUAGCGCUGAAGUCCCCUACAAAGUACAACUCCCAGGGUCAGGCAUCAAAUGUGAUUGCUUUUAGCACAACCAUUGGACGAUCCACCCUGCAAUCAUGGAGUCCAGCGCUAAUCGACUGGAUGACAAUGACAGAUCUCCAAAUCAGUCUAACACGGUUCUCUUCAAGACGUAAGUCGGUCGGAGGCGAAAGGGGUUCCGGAGAUCCCACAGUGGUCCUCCAUCGACGGGAUCGAAGCAGCGGACUACGCAGAGUUUCACAAAAGGCUCCAGUCUUUAGACUUGGAGGAGGGGGUGGAAGUAAUGGUCGAUUCAUUCGUGCUGACGAGGAACGAAUGCAAGCUGAUGGGAGUUCAUCGAAUAGCUCGACUAGGUGGUUUCACGAUAAGAAAAAGAAGAAAGACGAGGAGACAGAGGGGGAGAAAGUUGAGGAAGAGGAUGCAGUUUAUUUUGCCUUCUCCGAUAUCACUGUCGGAGGCAGGUGCAAAUGCAAUGGUCAUGCCAAUCGUUGCGUGAGGGAUCGGAUUGUGGAGAAGAAUUCCGCAGGUGAGGAAGUGAUUUCAUGGGGUCCGCUACGAUGCGACUGUCAGCACAACACCGUCGGUGCCGACUGCGAGCGAUGUGCUCCCGGCUACUUGGAUCGACCCUGGGCCAGGGCCACCAACGAAGACGCCAAUGUGUGCAAGGGUAGGCUUUGA